CCCCGCCCGGAGGCAAGUACACCCUGGUCGACCUGUGCGGGCAGACAUUCAGGAAGGAGGUACAGGCCUGGUUUGGAGAAUGUGAAAGAGAACAAUGCCGAAGGACUCUGGCCCGCUAGUGCCUUUACACUGGCUUGGCUUUGGCUAUGCAGCACUGGUUGCUUCCGGCGGGAUCAUUGGCUAUGCUAAAGCAGGCAGUGUUCCAUCCCUGGCUGCCGGGCUCCUCUUCGGUGGUCUCUCCGGCCUGGGUUCCUAUCAGCUGUCUCAGGAUCUGAAGAACAUUUGGCUUUUCUUAGUCACAUCUGGAACCUUGGCUGGCAUCAUGGGGAUGAGAUUCUAUAACUCUAGAAAAUUCAUGCCAGUAGGCCUGAUUGCAGGUGCCAGUUUUCUGAUGGUCAUCAAACUUGGAAUCAGUGCCUUGAGUAAACCCCAUCAGUAAUAGUCAUGGCCCAGCUUGGACUCAUGAAGAAUUUUUAAAACUUCUACUCUUUUUCAUGUAUUAAGAUAAACAAGUACAGCAU